AUGUCCAACCCCGCUAGCAGUGGGGCGCUAGCGAAGGCUGCUAAGCCCAAGUACUCGACCCAGGAGGUCAUGGAUAUGGAGCAGACGUAUGGUGCUCACAACUAUCAUCCUCUUCCGAUCGUAUUUGAACGUGCUGAAGGAUCAUACGUAUGGGAUCCUGAAGGCAAGCGCUACAUCGACAUGCUCUCUGCUUACAGCGCUGUGAACCAGGGUCAUUGUCACCCUGCUAUCGUAUCUGCCCUUAUCCAACAGUCGCAGAAGCUCACUCUCUCCUCUCGGGCAUUCUACAACUCUGUCUUCGGUGCAUACGCCAAGAAGAUCACUCAGAUGUUCGGGUAUGACAUGGUUCUUCCCAUGAACACGGGUGCGGAGGCGGUCGAGACGAGCAUGAAGCUUGCACGCAAGUGGGCAUACAUGAAGAAAGGCGUGCCUGAGGGCAAAGCCAUUAUCCUCAGUGCCGAGGACAACUUCCACGGAAGGACAAUCGCCGUUAUAAGCAUGAGCACUGAGGCGGAGAGCAGGAAUGGCUUUGGGCCGUUCUUGGCUCGGGUUGGUCCUCAAUGCCCCAACUUUUCGGCAAAGGACGGGGGGAGGAUCCGAUAUAACAACAUCAGUGACUUGGAGCGUGCCUUGGAGAAGCAUGGCAAGGAGGUUGCUGCAUUCCUAGUUGAGCCCAUUCAGGGCGAGGCUGGUAUUGUUGUACCUGAUGACGGUUACCUCAAGAGGGCUCGAGAGCUGUGCGACAAGCACAAUGUUCUCCUCAUCUGUGAUGAAGUCCAAACUGGUCUUGGCCGCACAGGCAAGAUGCUGGGAUGCGAGCACGAGAACGUUCGUCCGGACAUGGUUCUUCUUGGCAAGGCACUGGGCGGAGGCGUAUUUCCAGUCUCAGCAGUCUUGGCGGACAAAGAUGUUAUGCUGUGCAUCAAGCCCGGUGAGCAUGGUAGCACCUUUGGUGGGGGGCCGCUGGGUUGCGCAGUGGCCAUCGCAUCCUUGGACGUGCUCGUUAACGAGCGGUUGGCCGAGCGUGCUGCGGUCCUGGGCGAGAAAUUCCGCGCUGGACUGCAGGCGAUUGACCACCCGCUCGUCGAGACCGUGCGUGGCAAGGGCCUGCUCAAUGCGCUCGUGAUCGACGAGUCCAAGUCCACUAAGGGUAGGACUGCUUGGCAGCUGUGCUUGCUCUUGAAAGACCGUGGAAUCUUGGCCAAGCCGACUAGGGACCAUAUCAUCCGGUUUGCUCCUCCGCUGGUGAUUUCUGAGGAGGAUCUUAUGCAUGCGGUGGAGAUCAUCAAAGAAGCCGUCUUUGAUCUUGAUGAACUCGAUUCGAUCCCUGGAGAGAAUGACGAGGAGAAUGGCUAUCAUAACGUUCACGACGAGUAAUGAUUUGUAUGACUCAGCAUCUUGGACCAUUG